CUUCUCCACAAGCUUCUGCAAUUACCGGUACCUCUGAGCCUGUGCAUAAAUGGGAAAUAGUUCCCCGGGGAGGAAAUGAGGCGAAGCCUGGCUCCUAGCCAGCUGGCCAAGAGGAAGCCUGAAGGUGAUGGCUCUGAAGAGGAUGAGGAGUGGCAUCAUGAAGCUACUCCAAAGAGGCAGAAACGUGGCAGCAAGGUUGAUAACAGAGAGUGUUAUGUGUCGCCUUUCCGAAAACCCUUGGCUCUGUUAACCAAUCAACCUCACUGUCUUGAUGGCGGCAAACAUGAGGCCUUUAUCCGCAGCAUUUUGUCAAAACCUUUCAAAGUUCCCAUUCCAAACUAUACAGGACCCCUAGGUUUCAGGGCACUGGGUAUCAAGCGUGCAGGGGUUCGGCAUGCUCUCCACGACCCUUUUGAAGAAGGCGCUCUGGUGCUAUAUGAACCUCCACUUCUGAGUGCUCAUGAUCAAUUGAAAAUAGACAAGGACAAAAUGCCUGUUCACGUUGUGGUGGAUCCUGUUCUCAGUCGUGUUUUACGACCCCACCAGAGAGAGGGGGUGAAGUUCCUGUGGGAGUGUGUGACAAGCCGUCGGAUUCCUGGUAGUCAUGGCUGCAUCAUGGCAGAUGAGAUGGGUCUGGGUAAGACCUUGCAAUGUAUCACCCUGAUGUGGACACUCUUGCGCCAAAGUCCAGAUUUCAAGCCUGAAAUUGACAAGGCAAUCGUGGUCUCGCCUUCUAGCCUGGUGAAAAACUGGUACAAUGAAGUGGGUAAAUGGCUUGGAGGAAGGAUUCAGCCACUGGCAAUUGAUGGAGGCUCCAAGGAGGUCAUAGAUAAUAAGCUAGCUGGAUUUAUGAACCAGCGAGGGCUAAGAGUCCCAUCCCCCAUCCUCAUCAUUUCUUAUGAAACAUUCCGCCUUCAUGCUGAAGUUCUCCAGAAAGGGAGCAUUGGCUUGGUCAUAUGUGAUGAGGGUCACAGGCUGAAGAACUCAGACAACCAAACAUACCAGGCUCUCAACAGCUUGAACACAGCACGGCGGGUGCUCAUCUCAGGAACCCCUAUUCAGAAUGAUCUCCUUGAAUACUUCAGUCUAGUACAUUUUGUCAACUCGGGCAUCCUAGGGACAGCUCAGGAGUUUAAAAAGCAUUUUGAAAUUCCCAUCCUGAAAGGCAGGGAUGCAGAUGCAAGUGAAGCAGGAAGGCACAAAGGAGAGGAGAGACUUAAAGAGCUGAUCAGCAUUGUCAACAGGUGUCUUAUAAGGAGGACUUCAGAUAUUCUCUCUAAAUAUCUUCCCGUGAAAAUUGAGCAGGUGGUAUGCUGCAGGCUGACUCCCCUUCAGUCCGAGCUGUACAAACGCUUUCUGAAGCAAGCAAAACCAGCAGAAGAUCUGAAAGAGGGAAAGAUAAGUGUUUCAUCUCUCUCCUCAAUCACAUCUCUGAAGAAGCUCUGCAAUCACCCAGCCCUGAUCUAUGACAAGUGUGUGGAGGAGGAGGAAGGGUUUGUGGGUGCUCUGCAGUUGUUCCCUUCUGGCUACAGUACUAAGUCUCUAGAACCUCAGUUCUCAGGAAAGAUGCUGGUUUUGGACUACAUUCUGGCAGUUACCAGGAGCACCAGUAAUGACAAAGUAGUCCUCGUGUCUAAUUACACCCAGACACUAGACCUCUUUGAGAAGCUCUGCAGAAGUAGGAGGUACUUGUAUGUCCGCCUGGAUGGCACCAUGUCUAUUAAAAAGAGAGCAAAGAUAGUGGAGCGUUUCAACAGCCUUUCUAGUCCUGAAUUCAUUUUCAUGCUGAGCAGCAAAGCUGGUGGCUGUGGCUUAAAUCUGAUUGGAGCAAACAGACUUGUGAUGUUUGAUCCAGACUGGAAUCCAGCCAAUGAUGAACAAGCCAUGGCCCGUGUGUGGAGAGAUGGCCAGAAGAAGACUUGCUAUAUCUAUCGAUUGCUCUCGACGGGGACAAUUGAAGAAAAGAUUUUCCAGCGGCAGACCCACAAGAAGGCUCUCAGCAGCUGCGUAGUAGAUGAGGAGCAGGAUGUGGAAAGACACUUCUCUCUUGGGGAACUGAAGGAGCUUUUCACACUCAAUGAGAGCACCACAAGUGAUACCCAUGACAAGAUCAAGUGUCGUCGCUGUGUGAACGGUCAUCAAGUCAGGCCCCCUCCAGAGGGGUCUGAUUGCACUUCUGAUCUAUCUCAGUGGAACCACUGUGCUGAAAAACGUGGGCUCCAGGAUGCUGUCCUCAAAGCUGCCUGGGAUGCUGCUGUCACCUUCACCUUCCAUCAUCAUUCCCAUGAGGAGCAACGGGGAAUAGCGUGACCAUUGGUCUGGACUGAUCUGAAAUUCAAGCUGCUUCUUUUAGAAAACAUAUUUGAUACAUUAGGGUACCUCUUUUCACCCCCGUUGAUGCACGAGAAGAACUUUCUUUUCUGCUUGAUAUACUGUAGGCAAUCUUUACAAAAACUGUGGGCUAAAUCUCUUGGUCACAGCGCAGACCCUAUACAGUAACACAGAACAUUGGUAAAGUAGGCUUUUGCAGAUAGCGUUUUUUUUCUUAAGAGGCACUUUUAAUAACCAUCUACUGAAUAUUUCUGGCAUGGAGGAGACAAAAGAUGGAAGUAGCCUCAUUAGUGUCAUAAGGCCCUUGGUAUCAUGAAGUAUGAGUGGGUGAGAUGGCUUUCAGUAGUAACUAUUUACCCUCAAAUCACUCCUGUUCAUGAUGCCACUUUCAGAAGGGACUAGAGAGGUGUGAACAGAUAUCACUAUCCCAUAUAAUCAAUCUGGCAAUCUGGUGUUUUUCUAACUUAUUUUGUUGGAGCAAAAAUAACCUGAUUUUAAUCUAUUAUAGGAGAAUUUUUAGAUCAAAAUCACAUUAGAUAACCCCAAAUUAAAGUCUCUGUUACAAAUGUGUUUUCUUCAAUAAAACCACAAAUAAAAACUGUUUAAAACUAGAUUAUUGCCCUAAGCAGGGUAUAUGUAUGUGGCAGGGAACAAGGUAACGUACUUAUUUGAAAUAUAAUUCUAUGUAUUUGUA